AUGAGCAUCAACAACGACCUGUUCGGCCUCGACAGCCAAGACACGCUUCCUGUGGUCUCCAUCUCAGCCUCGCAGUCGUUAAACGCGUCAGCUGCUGCUGGGGAGCCGAUCCGCACUGGACUGGCGCGUCUAGACGAGGCUCUAAAUGACUCGCCUGCAGAUCAGCGGCGACCUGGUGGGAUCCUUCGUGGACAGAUUACAGAGAUUUUUGGGCCGCCCGGAGUAGGCAAGACCUCUCUAGCACUAAGCGUUGCAUCCCAUGCCCUCCGCGAUGGCGGGAAAGUGGUCUGGAUCGAUACCGGAUCCCCCCUCGCCUCUCGAUCACAGUCCCUGAUCCCGGAAUUGGACAGCAUGCUCUACUUCCGGGCCCCGACUCUGCCGCACUUACUCGCUCUCCUCCUCCGCUCACCCAAGGACUUCCCACCCGAGGAGACGUCCGUGAUCGUCAUCGACUCUGUCUCAUCCCUAUUUCCAUCUUACUUUCCCAGCGCAGCAGAACUAAAGGACCGGUUCACGCAAGGCAAAAUCACUGACAAGCUGCAGCUGCAGUGGCUAUUAAACCGCAAAUGGAACGUCACCAGCGAUCUCGCAACGCACCUUGCGCGUCUCGCCGCGCGGAACAUCGCUGUUCUAGCCCUCAAUCAGACGCACACCAAGAUCAAGGGCCAACCGCGCGCGACACUGCACCCUGUCUUGGCCGGGGGUGCGUGGGAAACGAGUGUGCAGACACGGAUUGUGCUGUAUCGCGAUCUACCUGACAUGCGAUUUGCAGAGAUCACCAAGAGAGCGGGAAAGACGGUACCUGUGCGGUUGACAGAGUUGAUUGUCCCGUUUCGCAUUGAAUCUGUAAGAGAGCAUUCCUACAUGCCCGGGCGUCCAAGUGAUCUCAUUAAUCUUACCCUUCGCCCUUCCCAGGACGGACUCUGCGACGUGGAGGAGCCGAAAUCUCCCGAGUCACUGGAGCCAACUCCUAGUCGCAAGCGCAAGGCAGAGAAUGAAAUUGCCGAUAGCCAGGACGAAGACUCGGAAGAAGAGUACGCGUGGAUGGGUGAGGCUGUGCUGGAUCCCAGUUGA